AUGACCGUUGCGGUACGUACCGAUGCUUCGAUGCUACGAUGUCAGUUUGUCGGCACGCGCGUGAGUGAAAUAUUGGAGCUGACCGACAUUAGUGAAUGGAAUUGGGUUCCAACGAAAGACAAUGUUUCUGACGACGGAACGAAAUGGCGAGGUAUUCCUGAUAUCUCCGAAGACAGCCGAUGGUUCAGAGGCCCACCAUUUAUCUACCAGCCAAGAGAAGAGUGGCCUAAAACUCAAUCGACUCUAGGAGCUACCGAAGAAGAACUGCGACCGAGAUUGAUGCUGCACUACGCUAGCUGCCAACCAAUCAUUCCAGUUGAAAAUUCCUCCAACUGGGUCAAACUGUAUCGAUCGACUGCUAUGUUCUUGAGAGCUGUUCAAAAGUUCAUCGUAUUCUUGACCAUCAAAAGGGAGUCGCAGAAACCAUGUGAUUUAUUACCGCUUAGUCGAGACGAGCUUGUCGCUGCACAAAACCUUCUAUAUCGCCAAGUCCAAAGUUAUGCCUACCCCGAAGAAUAUGCCUUACUAGAGAAGUCUACAAAUACUUGCCUACCGAAACGUAGUUCACUGUUCCGCGUAUCACCAUUUUUAGAUGAACAUCAAGUUAUGCGCAUUCAUAAUCGCGCAAAAAAUUGCCAACACACUGAUCUACAAUCAAAAAAUCCCAUAGUUUUGCCACCCACACACCAUCUUACCAAACUGAUCGCACAGCAUUUCCAUCAAAAUCUACUACACCGUAAUCAUGAAACCGCUAUAAAUCGCCUUCGUUUACGUUACCAUAUCCCAAAAUUACGAGUUCUUUUCCGUAGAUUGAGAGGUGAUUGCCAACAAUGUAAAAUCGCAAACGCCAAGCCUCAACCACCAGCAAUGGGUGAUCUCCCCAUUUCAAGAUUGGCUGCCUUUUGUCGACCGUUCACAUAUGUAGGCGUAGAUUAUUUCGGACCGAUGAUAGUCUCGGUUGGUCGUCGUUCGGAGAAAAGAUGGGGCGUGUUAGUAACCUGUCUAACAACCCGAGCAAUCUACAUCGAGCUUGCUCAUUCCUUAACAACAGAUUCCUGUAUAAUGGCCUUGAGGGUCUUCAUGGUUCGACGAGGUGUUCCUGCAGCCAUCUACAGUGACCGUGGAACGAAUUUUAUAGGAGCUGCUAAAGAGUUGUCAAUUGAGCUCAAUAAAAUGAAUCAGCACAAACUGAUAGAAGCAAUCGUCUCUCCAGACACCAAGUGGGAAUUCAAUCCGCCAGCUUCUCCCCACAUGGGUGGUUCCUGGGAGAGAUUAAUCCAGACUGUGAAAAAGAACCUGCAAAACAUGACGUUGAUGAGACUACCGUCUGAUGAAGUUCUACGGUGUGCAUUGGCCGAAAUUGAAGGAACCGUCAACUCCAGGCCUCUUACGUUUGUUGCAUUGGACGACGAAGACUCAUCUGUUCUUACGCCGAAUCAUUUCAUCCUUGGAUCGUCGGAUGGUCUGAAACCUUUAGCCCUAUUUGACGAUAGUUCGAAGGCGUUGAAGAAAUCCUGGCAUACCUCUCAGUUGAUCGCGAACAUUUUCUGGAGACACUGGCUCAACGAUUAUCUUCCGUGUAUUACACGAAGAUCUAAGUGGUUCAACCAGAUUCGUCCGAUUGCCGAAGGAGACAUCGUAGUAAUUGCGGAUCCCAACUCCCCCCGGAAUUCGUGGCCUAAAGGUAGAGUCAUCGGGACAAGUCAUGCCAAAGACGGACAAGUUAGAUGGGCCGUCGUUCAAACGGCGCAUGGUAUAUAUGAGCGGCCCGCAGUCAAGAUCGCGGUACUCGACGUUGGCGUUUCAUCUAGAGCAUCCCAGGAGGAACCUGUCCGCACUACCAGGGGGACUGUUGCAAGCGCCGUGUCGAAUCCCUCGGCCGGUGGCUGUCGAUCAUCGACAUCGAGACGUCAAGAAGUGGAAAACGUCAAAUGA